AUGGCAUUGUAUCUCCUGCUAUUGGUCAUUAGUUCGAUAUGCAUGAGUGGACUACAAGGAGAACUAACAGGACGGAACGCAUCGGGAUAUUCGCUUCCUUUAUGUGGAUGGUCAAAUCAAACGUCGGCGAGUGACAAUUGUUCUGCUACUUUUGAGUGUCAUCAGUUUCGAACCAGCACUGGUGAUAUGAUCUGCGCACCGAAUACUGAUUGUUCAUAUUUCCACAGUUGCUACGCUGAUGAACAAAUCCCUUGUUCAUCGUUUCUCAGUGUUUGUGUCACUGACAGUUUUUGCAAAAGACCAGUCUGCAUGCCUAUUGUACUGAAUUCUACUUGUACUUUCAAUCAGUUACCAACUACGACAUCCCCAUCGUCCACUACAAUCGUUACAAUGUCCGCAACUAAUACUACGGUAACCACAACAGCUAAUGCAACAACAAUCUCUACAACAACAGCAACUAAUACUACAGCAACAACGACACCAGCAACUAAUGUAACAAUAGUCUCGACAGCAACGGCGACACCAGCAACUAAUACUACAGCAACCGCGACACCAGCAACUACUACUACAGCAACAACGACACCAGCAACUAAUACUACAGCAACCGCGACACCAGCAACUACUACUACAGCAACAACGACACCAGCAACUAAUACUACAGCAACCGCGACACCAGCAACUACUACUACAGCAACAACGACACCAGCAACUACUACUACAGCAACAACGACACCAGCAACUAAUACUACAGCAACAACGACACCAGCAACUAAUACUACAGCAACCGCGACACCAGCAACUACUACUACAGCAACGACGACAUCACCAACUAAUGUAACAAUAGUCUCGACAGCAACAACGACAGAAGUUAGAACAAGCAUGACUGCUACUACUGCUUCGACAACUGCAACCACUACCAUUCCACCAUGUAGUUGGUCUUCAUGGGUAAGUGGUACAUGCAGUGUUACUUGUGGAACUGGACGUUUUACCAGACGACGUUUAUGUCGCAGUCGAUCCGGCGAGGACUUGCUGAAUUUAAUUGACUCAUAUUAUAUUAGAAAUGAUUUUGCCAAAGAUUCGACUCAUCCUCAAUUUUUAUACAUGAUCUGA